UGCCUCCUGCGCCCUAAAGGCAACUCUAAACAUACUAAAGCUCAACAAGCAGAGAUCCAGAAAUCCUAUGCUAUUAACCUCGCAAAAGCUCGAACUGAAGGAGGAUGUAGCACUCAGCUCUCCAUUGGCACAUAA